GUGACAAAAAUGGCUAUGGAGAAUGACUCUUCAGUGACCGAAUUCAUUCUCACUGGAUUGACAGAGAAUCCUGAGCUCCAGCUGCCCCUGUUUGUCAUCUUUCUAGUGAACUUUGUAGCCACUGUGCUGGGAAACUUGAGUUUAAUGAGUCUCAUUUUCCUGAAUUCAAACUUGCAGACUCCCAUGUACUUUUUUCUCUUUAACCUGUCCUUCAUUGAUUUAUUCUAUUCAUUUGUCUUUACUCCCAAAACAUUAAUGAGUUUUGUCUUAGAGAAGAACAGAAUUUCCUUUACGGGAUGCAUGACUCAGCUGUUUUUCUUCUGCUUUUUUGCCAAUUCUGAGUGCUAUGUCCUGACAGCCAUGGCCUAUGAUCGCUAUGUAGCCAUCUGUCAACCCCUGUUGUACAUGGUCAUCAUGUCUCCUAGGAGAUGUUCCCUGAUGAUGUUUGGUUCAUACUUGAUGGGGUUUGUUGGUGCCUUUGUCCUUACAGGAUGUGUGAUCAGGCUCAACUUUUGUGAUUCUAACAUCAUCAACCACUACGUGUGUGAUAUCUUCCCUCUUUUCCAGCUCUCCUGCAGCAGCAUCUAUGCCAAUGAGCUUGUGAGUUCAAUUGUUGUCAGCACAGUAGUCAUUGCAUCCAGCAUCAUUAUCUUAAUGUCCUAUGCUUUGAUUCUUUUUAAUAUCAUUCAGAUGUCAUCAGGUAAGGGUUUUUCCAAAGCCAUGAGCACCUGUAGUUCUCACAUAAUAACUGUUGCCCUAUUCUAUGGAUUCGGGAUGCUUACACAUAUCAAAACAUCAUCAAAUGAAUCUGUGGACCAGCGGAAAGUUUUCAGUGUAUUUUGUACAUUUUUGCUGCCCUUGCUGAACCCUUUUAUUUACAGUCUCAGGAAUAAGGAUGUCAAGCUUGCUAUAAGGAGAACUCUGAUGAGACUCACAGUGAGUUAA